GGCAGCGGCGGCAUCCGCGGCGUCAGCGGCGGCGAGCGGCGCCGCGUCACCAUUGGCAUGGAGCUGGUGACAGACCCAUCCAUCUUGGUGCUGGACGAGCCCACCAGCGGGCUGGACAGCUACACGGCAGAUAACCUGAUGAGGGCGCUGAAGAAUGUGGCGGCGCCGGGGCGCGUGGUGCUGGCCUCGCUGCACCAGCCCUCCCGCGACGUCUUCUACUCGCUGGACCAGGUGGUGCUCAUGGGCCACGGUCGCAUGCUGUACAUGGGCCCGCCCAACGAC